AUGGGUUCUCAUGGAGCAACAAUACCUCCGCAUGUGCUCAUAUUUCCUCUGCCAGUUCAAGGCCAUGUGAAUACCAUGCUCAAACUUGCCGAACUCCUUUGUCUUUCUAGCCUCGAUGUUACAUUCAUGGUCUCUGAGUUCAGCCACAGCCGCCUCCUCCAGCACUCCACCGUCGUUUCGCGUUUCGAGCGGUAUCCUGGGUUUCGUUUCGAGUCCAUUUCCGAUGGGCUUCCUGAUGACCAUCCUCGAGCGGGGGAGCAAGUCAUGGACAUCCUGCCGUCGACAAAAAACAUAACAGGACCACUCUUCAAGCAGAUGAUGGUUGAGAAGAAUUUAUUGAGUUCCGACACCCGAAGGCCAGUUACUUGCAUCAUAGCUGAUGGGGUCUUGAGUUUUGCCUGUGAUUUUGCUGAAGAGAAAGGAAUUCCCCUUAUAUUUUUUCGUACUAUUAGUGCUUGCUCAUUUUGGGCUUAUUUUUGUAUACCUGAACUCAUUGAAGCUGGUGAAAUUCCCCUCAAAGCUGGUGUUAGCAAGGAUCAAAUAGUAAAAAGCGUGCCGGGAAUGGAAGGUUUUCUAAGGUACUGUGACCUGCCUAGCUUUUGCCAGGUCAACGACAUCAAUGAGCCAAAGCUUCACAUCAUCAAAUCCGAAACUAGGCAAACCACGAGAGCUCAAGCAGUCAUUUUGAACACUUUUGAAGAUUUAGAAGGUACAAUAGUAUCUCAUAUACGCAAGCACAUACCAAGGCUCUUCACCAUUGGACCAAACAAUGCGCACCUGAAGUCGAGACUCGCACAAAAAGAGUCUGAGAAAUCCAUUCUUUCGUCAAGUUUUUGGGAAGAAGACAGGAGUUGUAUCGAUUGGCUAAAUGCACAGCCACCAAAAUCUGUAAUCUACGUCAGUUUUGGAAGCAUAACAGUUGUGUCAAGAGACCAGCUAUUGGAGUUUUGGCAUGGAUUGGUGAAUAGUGGGCAGAGGUUCUUGUGGGUUAUGAGGCCAGAUUCCAUUGUAGGUGAAGACAAGAAGAAUCAAAUUCCAGUAGAAUUAGAGGAGGGUACAAAGGCAAGGGGUUACAUGGUGAGAUGGGUCCCUCAGGAAGAAGUACUAAACAAUGCUGCGGUGGGUGGAUUUUUGACUCACAGCGGAUGGAACUCGACUCUGGAGAGUAUUGUGGCUGGUGUGCCAAUGAUAUGUUGGCCAUAUUUUGCUGAUCAAACGAUAAACAGUAGGUUUGUGAGCGAGGUUUGGAAAAUUGGGUUCGACAUGAAAGAUACUUGCGAUCGAGAAAUUAUUGAGAAAGUUGUAAGAGAUCUUAUGGAAGUAAGGAAGAAAGAGUUCUUGGAAAGGGCAGAAAAUAUGGCAAAACUGGCAAGAAAGGCUGUUAGUGAAGGUGGAUCAUCAUAUUGCAAUUUUGACAAUCUUAUUGAUUAUAUCAAAACAAUGAAUGCGAUGCUUAAUGCUUUUGGGAAAAAUGGGGAGAUGGGAUUGGCUGUUUCGAUGUUCUCAGGCUAUGCCAUGAAUAUGUUGAAAGCUAUGGCUGUUAAGGAGGUGUGCACUUGGAAUUCUACUUAUUGUUCACUGGCAUCGAAUGGGACAGAAGGGCAAACCUUGGACAUGUUCGCGAGGAUGAAGGCUCGAGCUUUGCAGCCAAAUGAAGUCACAUUUGUUGGGGUCCUAUCAGCUUGUGCUCGUGCCAAGUUUGUGGACUUGGGUUUGGGGUUUUUUUUUAAUGCCCGAGUUUGA